GUUGAAAGGAGGGAGAACUAUACUUAGACAGCAAUAAAGAUAGGCAGCCACAGCAAAUGCUGCUCUACAGUGCCAGCAUGGAGUGGGACACAUCGGAUUUCAACACAGCGUGGGAUUCUAUCCAGUUCUACGUGCUUUGACAACAAACCUUUUCUCGGCUGGUUCUGGAACUAACUUGUCUUUUAUUUGGAAUGACUUCCGUAAUGGAUUCUGACUGGGAAGGCAUGUCAUCUGUGAAAGACUACUCUAGGGAAAAGGACUGUAUGAAAACCAGGCGGGAAACCAGUUAGAAUCUGCUUCAUGGAACCUUCAGUCUCAGGACCACCAUGCACUCUCGGUAUUACGGAUGGAACCUACUUAGAGCUGCAGAUUUCAUCAUGCGUGAGCAAUGGGCGAAGGCAAGAAAAGGUCAACCCUGUAGCUAACAGAUGGUUGAAUUAAAGAGUUAAGUUCAAAGACAAAUGGGGAAAAUGGCAAGUGGUGGGGACUGGAUGCGAAGUCACAACUGUGCCGCGAUUGAAUCAAGAAAUAUAUUUAUUUCUCUGUAUCAAACUGAAUUAUAAUGGCUUGAGUUUCAAUGUGGUUAAUAUUAACUAAUGCUUGAGAAGACUCUAGGAUAGCACUUGGUGGAUGUGAAAUUUUGCUGCACAUGACAUGGGUCUUUCUAAGGAUGUGACCUCCCCAACUUAGUAUUUUUUGUUCCAAUGUGGAAGUGCUAUGCUGAGGGUCACAGGUGCCGCACCAGCACCGUUGGGGCAUGAGUGGCGAUUUCAGUGUUCUGUUGGGGUGGACUGCAGUGAUGCUGAGCCCCGUUGUAUCUGGUUAGCUGUGUUACGAGGUAUAUCCCCCCGCACGUCACCUCGACCAACUCCGAUCACUUCACCAAGGAGACGUGGCUCUCGAAGACUCAUCCAGCGCCAUCGCUUGUCUUGGGCUAAAGGGCGGAGAGAUGGUAUGGUGUUGUCCAAUGAGAACAGGCGCCGGCCGCUGUCUUCAGGUGAGGUGGAGGGCAUGUCAUGGCGCGGCCCACGAACAAUCUACCUUCAGAAGACCUUGCAGGGCUUCGGCUUCACUCUGCGCCACUUCAUUGUCUACCCACCUGAGUCGUCCUUUCACAUCAUCAAGGAUGAAGAGAAUGGAAAUGCAACUGGACGAGGUUGCCAGCGCUCUCGCUUGGAGCCCAUGGACACAAUUUUUGUCAAGAGUGUCAAAGAGAAUGGUCCAGCACAGCAAGCUGGUCUGUGCACAGGGGACAGGCUGGUAAAGGUGAAUGGGGAGAGCAUUUUGGGAAAAACCUAUUCCCAGGUGAUCUCGCUCAUUCAGAGCAGUGAAAACAUUCUGGAGCUCUCUAUUAUGCCAAAAGAUGAGGAUGUGCUGCAGUUGGUAAGUGCGUACUCCCAGGAUGCCUACCUGAAAGGUAACAAGCCAUAUACAGGAGAGGCUCAGAACCUUCCUGAACCUCCAACAGUCUGCUACGAUUCUCCCCCGGCUAUUACUUCCAACCCCAGUCAUGCAGUCCAGAGUCCGGUAGACAACUGGCAAUGUCGUGCUGGAGUUACAAGCUCUCCCCUUGACAACCGACCCACUGAUGCGUCUCCACGAACAACCGGCUGGACCGGUAGUCCCAAUGAUGCAAAUGGUCAUGUUUCUCCUAUGAUGCAUCACCGUGGCCGCUCCUCUUCAGCCAUGAAUGCUCUGGACUUUCAUUUUGCGAACCACAAUGCAGCCAUUGCCUCGGCAACUCUCCCUGCACCCAGAAAGAGCAGCUUACCUGCCCGCUCCCAUGCUGAUGCCGUUUGCCACCAGGCCUUGUCUGACUGGUACUACAGCCAGGCAGAAGCAGCCGAACACAUGUCCCCCCGCCAUCGCAGUAUAUCUCAGGGUCGUUUGGCGGAACUCGGGCUGGGGCUGGCACUCGGCCCAGGACACGCUCCUCCAUCUUCAGUUCCGGCAGAGCAACGACGAAGAGAGACUCUUGUGUAUCACCAUCAAUCGGCUGCAGCUUCACAUGAUUCCUAUUGGCUUGGAGGCUGGAGUGGUGCUCCAGGACCAGGAAGCAAGUCUUGUUCUGAGAACUUACUGGCAGCAUAUGCAGAGUAUGAGCACAACUAUGGGCGUUCAGUGGAAACUCUGGCACAAGCCUCCGCACUGAUCCCCCAACAACCAGAACACGCUUCAGAAGGUCCCCACCAAACCAUCAAACUUAACCAGCACAAAGACCAGGGAACCUCCAAUGAAGUCGCCUCAGCUCCUUCUGCACCCUGUACAGUGCCCACUACUGGCAGGCAAUCAGGUCAGCAAGUAGCUGAACCCCAAGCAAGGCGCCUUAAAGAGGACGAGUUGGUGGGCUACACAAGUUACAGCACUUCUUUCUCCCACAAAACAGGCCACUUCCUCCAGCAGUCACACUCCUUUAGAGACCCCAAUCAUAGUGGCCCGCAAAUCCUCAGAAGCCCGAUCAGCAUUCGAAAUUCGGUUGACAUCGAUGGGGGGAUUGCACCUCGGCCUCACUCCACUCCUGCUCUGUCCGGACCGGAAGAGGAGAAAGUCCGGCUCGACGGGGACAGCGAGGUCAUAUCCCCUGUCACUUUGCAUCACGGAGUUGUGCUGAGACAGAAACCACCAUCGGGACGUCGGACCCCGACUCAGGCCUUUCGGCAUAGUUUCUACGCAGCACCUCUGGAAUCCCCAGAGUCACCCGGGUUCACACCGUCACCUGGGACUCCAUCUCCUAUCUCUGGAGGACCUGUUCCAAGCCGUCGUACCAAUGGCAGCCUGGCGCAGCAUGCAUUUGACUCUCUGUCGUCAAUACCGUUUAUAGAUGACCUCACCAGUCCUAGUACUGACCUACAGGCCUGCUAUGUCCCCGCCUGCUCUGUGGUGUCCGGUUGUCUGACCUCCACAUUGGUCACCCUCACUUCCACCUCUGUCUCUCCCACCCUGUCUUCCAUCUCCCUCUUUGUCCACCGUUCUCAGGACUGCAGCAGCAUAAAAAGUCGCCGCUCCUCUUACCUGCUGGCCAUCACCACUGAGCGAUCCAAGUCCUGCGAUGAGGGUCUCAACACAUUCAGAGAGGAAAACAGGGUUUUCUCAAAACUACCAAAAAGAGUCAAGAGCUUUUUCACUGAUGGGUCACUAGAGAACUUGAGAGCUCAGGAGGAGGCCCGGUCCAAACGCCACUCCACAUCAGAGCUGGGAUCAAUCACAAUCACGGAUGUCCGCAGGGAGGGCUGGCUGCAUUACAAGCAGAUCUUAACAGAGAAGGGAAAGAAAAUUGGCGGCGGCAUGCGACCAUGGAAGCGAGCCUUCUCCGUUCUCCGCUCCCACUCGCUCUUCCUCUACAAGGACAAGAGAGAGGCAGUUCUGCAUGGGGCGGGUGCAGGUCCAGGUCAGGACGAGCAUCCUCCCAUUAGCAUCUGUGGCUGCCUCAUUGACAUUGCAUACAGCGAGACCAAACGCAAGCACACGCUGAGGCUGACCACACAGAACUUCUGCGAGUACCUGCUGCAGGCGGAGGACCGAGACGACAUGCUGGCCUGGAUCAAGGUCAUCAGAGAGAACAGCAAGAUCGACAACGAGGAGAUUGGUUUCUCAAGACAAGCUCUCAUCAACAAGAAGCUGAACGACUACAGGAAACAAAGUCUCACCGGUAACAAGCCAGACACCUCACCGCGGGCGCACCGCAUGAUGCCACCCUUCCUUCUGGCCAAAACUGACCACAGCUCAGUAAACCGUUCAUCCAAAGGUGAUGACAACAAGGCGCCAUGGGGCAUUAACAUCAUGAAGAAGAGCAAGAAGACAGGCAGUCCCAAAGCAUUUGGUGUACGACUGGAGGACUGUCAGCCUGCUGUCAAUCACAAAUUUGUGCCUCUGAUUGUGGAGAUGUGCUGUGAUGUGGUUGAGGCAACGGGUCUGGAGUACACAGGAAUCUACCGUGUCCCGGGCAACAAUGCAAUGGUGUCCAACCUGCAGGAGCAUCUCAACAAGGGCCUAGACAUCAACACAGCUGAGGAGCGAUGGCAGGACCUGAACGUGAUCAGCAGCCUGCUGAAGUCUUUCUUCAGGAAACUUCCAGAGCCUUUGUUUACUGAUGAUAAAUACAUCGACUUCAUUGACGCCAAUCGUAUAGAAGACACUGAGGACCGACUCAAGACCAUGAAGAAGCUGAUCCAGGAUCUCCCAGAUCACUACUACCACACCCUGAAGUUCCUGGUAGGCCACCUGAAGCGUGUGGCCGACAACUCAGAGAAGAACAAGAUGGAGCCGAGAAACUUAGCAUUAGUAUUUGGUCCAACACUUGUUCGGACGUCAGAGGACAACAUGACUGACAUGGUCACUCACAUGCCUGAUCGAUACAAGAUAGUGGAGACGCUGAUCCUGCAUCACAACUGGUUCUUCAGUGAGGGAGAGCUCUGCAAGGAGGAGAAGGCCCCAGCUGACAAGCAGGAAGUGCCGCCUGUUCCAAACAUCGAUUAUCUGCUGUCCAACAUCGGCAGACCGGGAAUUCCUGGAGAGGCUUCAGAUUCCACCACCACCAGCGAUUCAGUUAGGUCCAAGGUGUCUUCAGGCCCGAAGAAGGACCGGACUGCCAGGGACUUCCUCUCCAUGUCCCUUAUAUCCGUUGUGACCCGCAAACGUAAAAAACACCUCAGCGCCUACCUUCCUGGCAGCAGUGGAGAUGACGACUCAGAGCACGAGCGAGUCAAAACCUGUAACUAUGGAGGAGCUGGUGAGAACAACCCGGCACAAGUCCAGGCGGCAGAAAGAACUGAGAGUGGACACAGAACCGAGAGUCACGAUGGAAUGAAUGGUGGCGGAACCACUGAGACGCCGCGUCGUCGUCCGCACAGCUUCCAUCAGAGCUCCAGACCUCCUAACAUCAUCACAGCUUCCAGCGUCAGACCCAAAUAUUUAAGUCCAGAUCGCCCCACAGUUCCUAUCUGGAUCUCCCCGACAAGACAUCACAGCCCAAUUCAAGCCUCCAGACUCGGCCAGCAACAUGACGCAAGUGGGCCGACUCUGGUGCGUUACAGGAAGCCCAGAGGUGGACGGAACAGAGCCGUGUCCAUGAAUCUAGACCUGGAGCUGAGCCACAGAGAAGGCUGGAGGACCGAGACCGUGGAGGUCAUUAGAGUCCUGGAGGGUGCAGCCGGCGGGCGGAAGUAUGUCCCUCAGGGGGCUUUUUGUCAUGAUGGUUCAAGUUUAGACCCACAACCUUCUCUCGGCCAAGAAGCGCCUGGUCUGAUGGCGUCUUCAUGGAUGGAUCACCCUGGAGCCUCUGCUGUGGUCAGGAGGAGGUCGACCCACAACCCCCAGGACAAGACCAAAGCAUUCCGUCGUCAUACAGUCAUGGAUUAACCUUUUUUGUUUGCUAACACGCUCCAAAAGUGUCUGCCCUGGUACCUUCUCACUCCGUACUUUGAUCUUGAAUCUUCCUUCUCAUAUCAUCAGAAGAAAUCUGAUCCCUAGACAGCCAACAGGGGUCAUUUUCAAAAUAGACCCCUCCGGCUAAUCUAAUCUCAUAAUCAACAAACAUGCUUUUAUUUUGAAGGCCACUUUAAUGCCCCGACAGUGUUCAGAAGCUCCUCAUUUUUAAAUUGAGUGCCAACUGUUUUCCCGCACAGUCAUGUGACCUUGUGCGUUUGGCUUAUUUUAAAUUACUGGGAACAAUGAUCUAAUUUAUACUUGACCAUUUUUAAAGACAAACAAAAUGACCUUUCUCUUUUUUUAAAAGUUUUAAAAUAAACCUCUCAGUACCUGGCAUGGAUGUGUAUAGUCGUGUUGGAAUGAGAAAGUCGACCAGAACCAGUCCAGUGUGUCCACUCUAACCAGCAAGUGUCAUCAAUGUUGGUGUUAAAAACCUCUACAAGUUCUUCCCCAAACUUUUGCAGGGACCUUCACCUUCCCUGGACUUAGAGACAAAGACUGCAUGCCAUCAGUCACACUCAAAUAUGCAAACCCCUCUAGUGUGUGUGUGUGUGUGGGUGUGAGCCUGAGGGACAGUCAGAAGCAGCUACGUGAUGCCAAAUUUUUCUCAUCAGUAGAACUGAGCUGCAGAUGAAAGUGAGCAAACCUUCAGUCCAAAAGUCUUACCUGAGGUGUUCUGUGUCAGUGUUUCCUCUCCCGAUUGGAUUGUUACCUUAGUCCCGAUGACGCCAGUCCUCCCUCUCUCUGUCUUAGUGCCCUUGAGCAUGGACUGUUUUGUACGUAACUGACUGUGUCUGGACCAAUUUUGUAACUGUUGUAAAAAAAAAAAAAAAAGCCUUGUUAAGUUGUUAACCAGUGUAUGUAAAUACGCUAUAUAAUAUA